GUCUAUAAGGUUAUGCUAACAUAUACAUAUCGCCCUUGGUUAUUACUUUAGGGAUUUUAAGAAAUAUAAUGAGUGGAGAAAGUAUCUACAAUCUUCUUUCUAUAGAAGAACCAGAACUCCAGGAAAGUUAUCCUUACACUGGAUCUUACAAGAAACACCUAGAAGAGCCGUCAAAGCCGUCAUACUCUACCUUUUUUGAUAAAAAAAAACACUACGAUGCUACACACGUGCGUUUUUUCAAACAGAGGGAUGCAGUAAUAGGCAAAAGUGUGGGUGAUACUAUUGAUCCUAAACACUUUUUAAACAAGAGGAAAGGCGUUCACACCGUUAUUUCCCCUAUUUCUAAAGAAAAAAUCUACCGUAAACCUCUUUUUGGAUCGGAGGUUCUUCCUAAUAAGAGCAAUCUUCAGAAAUCCGGUUUGUCUUAUUCCACUGAGCAUCAUGAACUUCAUGAUAAGAAUCACUUGUAUGAUAAUCACAAUAAUGAUUCAUGUAAUUCUAUAGAACAUGCUUACGAUGGCUAUGAUGAAAACAAAAAAAGUUAUGAUGAUAUUUUAGCUGUAGCAGGGGGAGAGGCUGCUGAUACACUAGUUUCUUCAUUCAAGACUAAGAAGAACUUUGUUAAAUCGAACAUUGUGGAAAGUUGCAUGGUACCAAAGCGUAUGAAAGAUCAGCCUCAAUUCGCCACUGACCGUAAGGAUUUUGGCAAAACGCCAAAAUACUUAUCUAAAGUUAAGGAGGAUAUUGAAAAGGAAAGGGAACAUUAUAGGCGAAUCGAAAGCUAUAGGGCGAAUCGUCAACAGCAAAUACGUAAUCAGUAUGUUUACAGACUGGAUGAAACUGAAAGAAGAGAUCUUGUUUCAAAACUGAGCCAGCUACUCGCAGAAAAGGGAAAGGCUCUUAAUAAGAUUCCAUUUUUAAAAGCGUCUGCUGUAAUUUCCAAGAAGAAAAGCGAACUUGAAAAGUCGAUGAUGGAUAUUGAAGUAGCGUUAAAGAAGCUCGAAAAAGAGGCUAUUUUUGUAUACCGAAGUGAUCCAGCAUACGAACAAGUGUGUAAGAAUGCUGCGCUUGAAGAAGCAAAGAAAUUUGCGGCUUCUAUUUAGAUUAAUUUUCUUUACUAAAUAUAUGUAUUUAAAUCUUAACUCAACCUUUAUGUAUAGUUAAGUUCCGAAAUGUUUUUUUUUCGUGUAUACAGGACUAUUGGUA